AAGCGGCGGCAGCGGCUCCGUCAGUCCGUGGCCGCCGCGGCUCUACCUGCCCUUGCCCGCUGCAGCCCGGGGCGCCGGAGCCCCGACCGGCGGCCGCGCUGCGGGCGGCUCCUUCAGGAGCUUCCCGGUCGUGAGGAUGUGGCGGACGCGAGCGGCAGCGGCUUGUGUCAUCUGCCGGAGCCUAGCAAACAGGAGCUAUGGAAUCAAACGAAGAACACCACUUCCAAACCUGCAUCUUGCUUCCCGAAGCAUACAUCAUCCCUACCACCCAAGUUCCAAGUUUCCCAGGCCUCAAUUAAGGAUAUCCCUCCAGCAGUUCUCUUCUCUGAAUCGUCUCCCCCUGCGCAAAGCAAAACUUUUAAGUGUCCGAUACGGAUACCAGUCCCACAGGAACUUUUGGCUCGCUAGGCUGGCAUCAAGGCUUCUCAAAAUUCGCUAUCUCAUACUGGGAUCUGCUGUAGGUGGUGGUUAUACAGCUAAGAAGACAUAUGAUCAAUGGAAGGACAUGAUGCCAGAUCUGGAUGAAUAUAAGUGGAUUGUUCCUGACUUCUUUUGGGAGCUUGAUGAACAUAUUGACUUUGAAAAACUUAUCAAAGCCCUUCCUGAUGCAGAUGACCUUGCCAAACUUCUGCCUGACUUUGACAAGAUUGGAGAGAGCCUUGCUUCCCUGAAAGGAUUUUUUUCUCCUGGUUACAAUUUGGUUAGUGAAGUCAUAGGAGCUUCUGAUCUACUUCUGUUGUUAGGUUCUCCAGGAGAAACAGCAUUCAGAGCUACUGACCAGGGAUAUGACAAUGACAAACAGUUCAAGAAGGGCCUGCUUGGUGAACUCAUUCUGUUACAACAACAAAUCCAGCAGCAUGAAGAGGAAGCACGCAGAGCUACUGGCCAAUAUAACAUGGGGUCUUCCCAGCAGAAGAGAAAGGUUUCUGACAAAGAGAAGAUUGAUCAACUUCAAGAAGAACUUUUGCGCACUCAGCUCAAGUACCAAAGAAUGCUUGAACGACUAGAGAAGGAGAACAAAGAACUAAGAAAGCUGGUACUGCAAAGAGAUGACAAGGGAAUUCAUCAGAGGAAAUUAAAGAAAUCCUUGAUUGAUAUGUAUUCUGAAGUGCUCGACAUCCUCUCUGAUUAUGAUGCCAGUUAUAACACUCAAGAUCACCUACCUCGAGUGGUGGUGGUUGGAGAUCAAAGUGCAGGAAAGACCAGCGUGUUAGAAAUGAUUGCCCAAGCCCGCAUCUUCCCUCGAGGCUCUGGGGAGAUGAUGACACGUUCCCCUGUGAAGGUAACCCUUAGUGAAGGUCCCCACCAUGUGGCUUUAUUCAAAGACAGCUCUCGGGAGUUUGAUCUGACCAAGGAGGAGGAUCUUGCAGCUUUGAGAAAUGAAAUAGAAAUCAGAAUGAGAAAUAGUGUGAAGGAAGGGUGCACUGUUAGCACUGAGACCAUCUCUUUAAGUGUGAAAGGUCCUGGUUUGCAGAGAAUGGUGUUGGUUGAUUUGCCUGGAGUCAUUAGUACUGUGACAUCAGGUAUGGCUCCAGAUACAAAGGAAACUAUCUUUAGCCUCAGCAAGGCCUACAUGCAGAAUCCUAAUGCCAUCAUCCUUUGUAUUCAAGAUGGCUCGGUAGAUGCAGAACGCAGCAUCGUCACAGACUUAGUCAGCCAAAUGGAUCCCCAGGGCAAAAGGACAAUUUUUGUGCUGACUAAAGUUGAUCUUGCUGAGAAGAACGUGGCUAGCCCAAGCAGGAUCCAGCAGAUAAUUGAAGGCAAACUCUUCCCAAUGAAAGCUUUGGGCUAUUUUGCAGUUGUUACUGGGAAAGGGAACAGCAGUGAAAGCAUUGAAUCCAUUAAAGAAUAUGAAGAGGAAUUUUUUCAAAAUUCAAAGCUGCUAAAGACAUGUAUGCUGAAGGCCCACCAGGUAACAACAAAGAACUUAAGUCUUGCUGUGUCAGAUUGCUUUUGGAAAAUGGUGAGAGAGUCUGUGGAGCAGCAAGCAGAUGCUUUUAAAGCCACACGUUUCAAUCUUGAGACUGAAUGGAAGAACAAUUACCCCAGGUUAAGAGAGCUUGACAGGAAUGAACUGUUUGAAAAAGCAAAGAAUGAGAUCCUUGAUGAAGUCAUAAGUUUGACUCAGGUCACACCCAAGCACUGGGAGGAGAUUCUUCAGAAGACUUUAUGGGAAAGGGUAUCUACUCACGUGAUUGAGAAUAUAUACCUUCCAGCAGCACAGACUAUGAACUCAGGGACAUUUAACACCACUGUAGACAUCAAACUGAAGCAGUGGACUGACAAGCAGCUGCCUAAUAAAGCAGUAGAGGUGGCAUGGGAGACUUUGCAAGAGGAGUUUUCCCGUUUCAUGACCGAACAGAAAGGAAAGGAGCACGAUGACAUCUUCGACAAACUGAAACAAGCUGUCAAGGAGGAAACUAUUAAGCGACACAAAUGGAAUGAGCGAGCAGAGGAUAGCCUGCGAGUGAUCCAGCACAACGCCUUAGAAGAUCGAUCAAUAUCUGAUAAACAGCAGUGGGAUGCAGCUAUUCACUUCAUGGAAGAGACUCUCCAAAGUCGUCUCAAAGACACUGAAUCUGUUAUUGAAGAUAUGGUGGGUCCAGACUGGAAAAAGAGAUGGUUGUACUGGGUGGGCCGCACCAAAGAACAGAAUAUCCGUAAUGAAACAAAAAAUGAGCUGGAGAAGUUAAUCAAACGCGAUGAGGAACAUGCAGCUUAUCUGGCAAACGACGAAGUGACGACGGUGAGAAAAAACCUUGAAGCAAGAGGAGUAACAGUGGACCCCUGUCUGAUUAAAGACACAUGGCACCAAAUUUACAGAAGAUACUUCCUGAAGACUGCCUUGAACCACUGCAAUCUCUGUCGAAGAGGUUUCUAUUAUUAUCAGAGGCAUUUUGUGGACUCAGAGCUGGAAUGCAAUGACAUUGUCCUCUUCUGGCGGAUACAGAGGAUGCUGGCAAUUACAGCCAACACCCUGAGGCAGCAGCUCACUAACACUGAAGUCAGGCGCUUGGAGAAGAAUGUAAAGGAAGUGCUUGAAGAUUUUGCUGAGGACAAUGAAAAAAAGGUGAAGCUCCUAACUGGCAAGAGGGUCCAGCUGGCAGAGGAUCUCAAGAAAGUUCGGGAAAUCCAGGAAAAACUUGAAGCCUUCAUAGAAGCCCUCCAUCAAGAAAAGUAGAUUGCUCAAGCAGCAACUUCACACAAGAGUGCAGCCUCUUCCAGGCUAUCUUCCACAAUGAAGACUGAGUAAAUAAGGCUUUUGUGUCCCAUUCUCUCUCCUGGCUUUUGGGGAGCAUCCUGAAACGUUGGCACAGAAAGAAAGUAAUGUCUCACGGGACUGCAGAGUUCAGCUGAAAGACCACCUGCUCUUUUAGUUUUCAAAGCUAUGUGGCAUAAGAAUCUGACUUGUGUGUCACUAAGCUUGGGAGCUUGCUAAAGUUGUACAUUUAAGGUCUUUGGGUUUGUUGGUCUGGUGGGGUUUUUUUCCUGAAAGGAAAAGCUCUACCUUGUGUGGUGGAGCUGGAUCAGAUGCAUAAAAUUAUGUUACUUGUUGUCAUUUUCUUGCCUGCAAAGGAUCCUGGGAGUUUGACAAGAAGUUUUAGUAUUUGUAUGUACAUUAAAACACCCUUCCAAUUGAUGCCAUUUGUAUCUGUUAUGCUGUGUUGAAGCAUUCUCUGCCAACUGGUGCGGAUUUAAAAGCGUGGCCUUCAGGUCUCGAGGGGAAGUUGUGGAUUUUGUUGAACUCCCAAACUCUUGAGAGACACCAUCCCAGCAAUUCUUGUGGAAGGGCAGGCUACUAUUCUCUGACACCUGAAAAGGUCUGGCUCAGGAAAUAAUGUCAACAGCUGCUCCUUUUACCCAUUCUCCCCUAAUGUACGUUGUUCCUCUUGAAUCACAGCUGAUUACAUUUCAUUUCUGGGGUUGCACAGGCUCUGAUUUCCUUCUUAACUCCUCCCUUCCCCCUAAGUACAAAGUAACCCGAUCGAGUGCCUGUGAAAUGCAGACAGAUCCUCCCCACAGUUCCAACUUGUCCAACCUACUGAACCAAAACAAAAAAAAACCAAGGGAAAAUAAAAUGAAUUUCAUUUUCCUAACAGCUACUGUAAGGCCAAAAUUGCUUUUCACAGAAUGUUAUGCACAAGGCCCUUCCCCAUGCGCUCGAUUUCUGUCAGUCAGCACAGCGACAGCAGCAAGCAGCUAUUCUUUUACUGCCUUUCAGUUUUGCUGUAGGAAUGUCACUGCUGGCAAAUUUAAGCACGAUGCAGGCUCUGUAUCAUAGGUGCCUGAUUCAUCAUCACCACGUUUUUCUGUCCACACCUCGCCACAAACAAUCUGGAGUACGCUUCUGAGUGCCUCCGUGGAGGAAGAUACUAGGCCCGAAACCGGUUUGCUUUGCAGUUUGCUGGUGAUGUACCUUGAAAAUUUGACUCAGGUUUGUUCUUCCCUUUUGAAAAGGCAAUUUGGCUUUUCUGAUGUGUGACAAAGAGAGGAACCUGCACGUGUUCCAGCAGGUGCUGUUUCCUUUUGCUCGCGGAGGAAACAGUACAAAACCUGGCGAGCCGAAGGAUUCGUAAAGCGGUGUCGAAAGCUUCGGUGUUUCAAGGUUGAUCUACCCAGGGUUGGGGCUUUUCUGUUUAAAAAUGCUUCCUGGAAGAACAA